CUUUACUUGCGGAUGGGUUCCAUGAUGACAACCAGUUCCGCAGCAAGAGAUAAGGAAUCGUUUCUGUCUACUUGCCGCUUACUUCUGGGCGGAAAUUUCCUAACAGGAGCGGGAAGUGUCUCUUUGCUGCCUUGCUUGUCCGGUCGCAGCUGGUCAGUCUGCGCGUCCGGCUUCUGUGCGCUCGCAGCUUCGCGAUUCAGACGCGCAACUGGAUGUUAUGGCUACUCGGGCGUAAUUUCAAGCAGCAUCCAGCUCCUGACCUGGAUUUUGGUCUUUUGAUCAACUGAUGUUAAAAAGGGACCUCUAGGACUAGAUCUGCCGUGCGGAAAGGGAAAGAUAACGGGAAAAUACUUAAGGGAUCUUGUAUGUCUAGGCUGCAAGUCGGAAGGGUGGGACGCGCAGAAGAAGGUGCGUGUUGGACCAUGGAGAUGGGAGCUUCAAGAAAACUUAUUACCUCGCUCAUGCUACUGGUUCUGGGGACUUUUCCAGGUCACUCGCAGCCAUACCCAGGGAGUAACGUCGAGGUCACUAGAGGUGGGCGGGUAGUUCUGCCGGCCUCCUAUACGCCCACAUCGGACAUCAAGAAUUACAUUUUUUUAUGGAACUUCAACAUCACAAAGCAGGUCAUCACAUACACCAGCGCUGGGGUUGGCGAGGUAGACGCCCAAUUCUUCAAUCGUGUGGAAUUCUUUCACAAAAUGCCCUCCACCGACAUCUCCAUAGUCAUCAACAACACGCAGGAGGCCGACUCGGGCCAGUACACCUGGCAGGUGGUUGUCCCGAGAGGUAUCGGUUAUAGUGGGGAAGUCAAGCUCACAGUCAACAUCCCCCCCUCCAUACCUGUGUGUAGCAUGACUGGGCAGCCCGUGUUGAUGGGAAACAUCACGCUGAACUGCAAUUCUGCAGAAGGGAAGCCGGCACCCCUGUACCGCUGGAACAAGAGCUCCCCGAACAGCAUGCUGUUCUUCCCACCCAUACUGAGUCAGCAGCUGGGCACACUGAAGCUAACCAACCUCACCAGCAACAUGUCAGGAAAGUACACCUGCCAGGCUAGCAAUGUUGCAGGCGCUGGGGUGUGCUACAUCGAGCUUGAGGUCUCCACCGUGUCCAACGCAGGGGUGAUCGCAGGGGCCACGAUAGGUGCCUUGUUGGGCCUGGUGGCGAUUGUCUUUUUCGUCUAUUUCAUCCUGAAAAGGAAGAAGGAGUCCGAGGACGACAUAGCCAAUGACAUCAAGGAGGACGCCCAGGCACCCAAGCGCAUCUCGUGGGCUAAGAGCGGUACAGGCUCGGACUUCUCCAAGAACGGCACGCUGUCCUCCAUCACCGCCAGCCCCAUUCCGCGGGACCACCUCCACAUCCAGAGCUACCCGGUCCCUGACACUGCCUCCAUCAUCACCACCACGGGCAGUAUGGCAGGCUACAGGCUGCGCCCAGGAGAAGUCAACCCCCAUCUGCAUGCCGGGCCUGGGUACAACGGCAGCUUUCCCCGGGCUGCUACUGCGCCACACACCAGUAACGGGAACUCCUUGCAAAGACCUGAGCCCACCCGAGCUCCACGCCCAUCUCCAACAGCUGCCAUUCCCACCGGUUCCCUGGUUCCGCCCAUUUCCACUGGAGUGACAAGUUCUAAUAUCACCCGCAUGGGAGGAGUGCCCGUCAUGGUUCCUGCGCAGAACCAAGCGGGGUCCUUGGUGUAGCACCGGCCCAGAUUCAACGGUCUGCUGGACACCCUCAGCAAGCCGGACUAAAGAUUUCUGAAGGGGAAGUUACUACUGGAGGCGGCAAAUAAUGAAGACAAUGAUGUUAGGGGAAAAAAAGACAAGUUAAGGCCAGUCAAAAUACUGCCAAAGUGUGGUAUGAUGUAACUUCAUGAAAGUGUAUACAGUACAUAUGCAGUUUUUUGAUUUGACUUUUCUACCGAAGAUGUAUAAAAAUAGUAGAUAUGUUUAACACUGCACUGAAGUAGCACAAAGCGUUCUUUUUAAAAAAAAAACACUUAAUGACUCGCGCUUUCUAAAGAUAUACAUAAACUACAUUGGAAUAGGUGACAAAUAUCUUUGUAAGCAAAAGGUUGCCGGCUUAAGUUUUUGUGCCCUUGAGCGAGAUGGUUAGCCUGAAGUGAUCUACAGCAUCCAGAAGUAUGAUUUAGUCGAGUUAAAUUAAAAUUGCAAACCAUCUGUACCAGGAUAGCAAGACUAGGCUUAGUUUUGUAAGUGAAAUGUUUUCCUGCUGAUAUGACAGCUGUGUAUUUGUUGAUGAAGACCUAAGAAAACGAUACCUGUUAAAGACCGUGUCGCUUUAAGUGUCGUGAGACAUGGCUGACGCUGUGGUGCGGUGGAGAACGAUAGCUUUAGGUAUGGAGACGUUCUUCCCCUAGGUGGCGCUUAAGCCAAGAUUUGUUUCUGCGCUUGAGAUUAUUGAGACUGAAAUAUAUUUGCCUGCCUUUGGCCUAGUUUUGUUACAAACCAAGUCGCUUAUAAAUCAUUUAACUCAUGCCUGUGCUAAAGUCGUAAGAAACCGAUCGAACGACUUGCUCUUUUAAUGUUAUGGGUUUCAGACAGAACCCAACCAAAUACCUUUGUUUGCCUUUAGUGUUAAAUAUUUUUCAAAUGCAAAUGCGCCUUUUAUGUGCAGUGUUCUGUUCAUUGAAAUAACGUGAUGCUUUGUUUUUGAUAUUAUAGUAUUUUCAGUACUAACAUUUUUUAUGUAUUUUUUUUUCCGCGAUGCGUAUUUUCCCUGUUAUGUUUAAUGUGAAAGAUGGGAAUUAUUCCGUUGAACCACCUUACCAGCGUUGGUGUUUAUACUGUAGAUGUUUGAAAUAAAGACUGCUAUGUAACCCGUCGUUUCCCCUCCACAAACACUGCAAAGCUAAUUGUGCAACCCCCCACCCCCGUAAUAUUCUUAUUAAUCUACGGCUGUGAGUCGGACGGGGAUGUCCAGUGCUACGUUUUCGUUUUAUUUGUUGUAUCUGCAAAAUAACCCAAGUAAAUAUUAGAUGCUUUUUCGUAACGGACUUCAUGCCAAAAAAAGAGCAUUGGUCGCCGAGACGUAAUCGAAAAUUAACGACCACUCCCAUACUAAAUGCAUUUAUGUGUUAUUUCUAUUACUUUUUAUUUACUGCCAAUUUCAAUGGGAAAUAAUUAUAGCUUAAGCAAUCUGGAGUAAAGACACAUCCGUUUCAUAUAUAAAAUAAAUGUGUAAUGAGGUAGAAUAAUAUAUUACCGUAUUUACAACAAUUGUAAGGAAUAUGGCUUAUGUAUUACAUAAACCAUAUAGUAAGUAUAGUGUUAAUAAGAAAAUGAUGCUCAAGUGCAGUAAUUGACAUGUUUUUAUGUGUAUUGAGCUUCUGUCUUGUGGAUUUUAUAAAAUAAAACAGAAAAUGCUCAAAAUG